AUGAGAAGAGAAGGAGGGUGGGGGAGGGCUCCUUUUUUCUCCUCCUGGUUUCUCUACUCAGAGCCCAGCCCCCUUUUAUGUCGCUCUGCCGGAAAAGCCUCUUGAAUAACCCCAUAAAGCCUGCAGAGGUGUGUGCGUAUGCUAAGAGAGACCUGACUGAUAUAUGGCUUCCUGGCUGGCAUCAUAGCAGAGCCCCUUCUUUCUCUAGUAGAACCCCGUAUUCAUUACUGGGUACAGGGUUGAGUGCUGUAAAUCUGUCGCACAUCAUUCCAUCGGCUGCUGAUCUAGGAUGCAUAUUCCUGAAUAGCUCAUUGUUAUUCACUUUUGGCUACAAAAAUUGUUCCGUGGAUGUGUCUUAAUUCCCGGUGAGAUAAAGAGAGGAGCAGAGGAAAUGUGGGGGAGGGGGCCGAGACCACUGGUAGAAGUGUCAUAGCAGAGGAGGCAAGCCCAGACCUGGACCUGAGAGUGAUGAUUAGUCCGGCUGAUUGUAUCAGCUGCCCUGACUGUUCCAACAGAGCUUUGAUAUCUGUGAGCCAUUUGAAUGAAUUUCAUCAUUGAGCAAUGUUCAUACCCGCCAUUGAUUAACACUGAGUCCUGUGUCGUUCUCACCACUAGAACAGGUUUUAUAGUCACUUUCCUUCCCGGCAGUCAUUGUGUUAGUUGUAUUUUUGUGCAGCACUUGAUCUGUAAAAACAAAACGACACAAGUCUCAUGAGUCUUGAGCAGAACACACGGUGUAGAUCUUGGAGUCUUGAGCUCCAGUGCUCAGAAGCCACAACGUCAAAAGACCCAGACUCCUUUAUCUUUAGCCUGGAGGGAGAAACCAGCAGAAAGCUUAACCAGACGACCUUUCGGGGACCUUCUGGUGACACAAGGUUGCAGUAGAUCUCUAAUGUAUGCAGGUGCCUGACACGCAGCUCCCUAAAAGUAAUCACAAGAAUUCUGAAUGUGAUAGGGAGCCAGUGUAAAGAGAUCGGCAUUGGCGUUACACGAGACCUCCUUUUGAAGACCUGGUCGAAAGCCAAGCAGCAGCUUUUUGGGAUCUCUCUCGUAAAUGAUUCAGGCGUCUUCUGCUAAGUUAAAAGCAAAAUAACCACUAUCUUAAGGUGGCGCUCGUGUAGGAAGAGAGAGAGAGACAGAAGGAAAGAAAGGAAAGGUGGAAAUGGAACUGCCAAAUCAUGCCAAACAACUGCUGCUGCAACUCAACCAGCAGAGAGCCAAGGGCUUCCUGUGUGAUGUCAUCAUCGUGGUGGAGAAUGCACUCUUCCGUGCCCACAAGAACAUUUUGGCCGCAAGCAGCAUCUACUUCAAAUCGUUGGUCCUCCACGAUAACCUCAUUAACCUCGAUACGGAGAUGGUCAACCCCUCUGUGUUCAGACAAGUUCUGGACUUCAUCUACACUGGAAAGCUCCUGUCCUCAUCGGAGCAGAGCAGUGAGCAGAACUUCAGUGCCCUCUUAACCGCAGCCAGCUACCUCCAGCUCCAUGACCUCGCUGCUCUGUGCAGAAAGAAACUAAAGCGCGGUAGUGGGAAGCCCAUGCCAGGUAAACCCUCCACUACAGCCCCCCUCAGCCGCUUACGCCUCAAUAGCCAGCGCCUUUCCUCUUCUACACCUGUCGGAUCCAACAACCACUAUCCUCCAACCCCGUCUGAUGCCGACCAGCCACAGCCAGAUGAAGGUCUUCGGGACAAACUCUCAGAUGAUGAGAUGUUUGUAGGCAGCUCCGGGAAGAAUGGAAACGGGGCAAAUGGCGCCAGCACCAAUGGUAACAUCAGUAGUGGAGGAAGUGCCGGAGAACCGGACCUUGGACUGGACCUGUCAAAGAAGAGCCCUCCCUCUGCAGGCACAGCCACUGAUGCCCUCAGCCCACAAAGCAACUCCCAAGGAUCUCCUCAAUCUGCCUCAGUAUCCACAACCAACAGUGCCUCACUGGAUGACUCUACUACUACCCUACCAGGUGUAGACACCUGUGGCUCAGAGACCAUAGAGCUCAACUGUUCCUCUAAAACCACAGAGGAAAACCAAAACCAGCCAGACGGUCCCCCGCCGCAGAAGAAGUCCCGGCAGGGUGCACGCAAGAACGAGUGGCCUAAGAGAGAGGCAUCAGGCUUGAAGUCUGAAGAGCACGACAGGCCCCUGGUUAAUGGGGUGAUUGUAGGUCCUAAAGAUGGACGCCCCGCUGGGGCUGGAGGGGGCACUGGCAGCGGCUUCACUUCUGACCAGUCCUACCAAUGUAAAGACGAGGAGGAAGCGGGAGAGAACGGCCAGGACCACAGUGACGAGAGCGGUCAAAGUGAUGGCGAGAGUGCGGGCGGAGGCACGGGAGGGGGACACCAAGGCGCCAACUACGUGUACAGGCAGGAGGGCUUCGAGCCAGCGUUCGGCGACAACCUCUAUGUGUGCAUUCCUUGUGGUAAGGGCUUCCCCAGUUCAGAGCAGCUAAACGCUCACGUGGAGAAGCACACCGAGGACGAGCUCUACAUCAAAGAGGAGGGAGGCACCUUUGUGAAAGAGGAAGACGAGGAGGAAGCCGAGGACCUUUCUGCUCCCGUCGGUCCCUCCAGCUUUGGCCCCGAAACACGCCCGUUCAAGUGUACAGUCUGCAGUAAGAGCUACAAAGACCCGGCAACCCUGAGACAGCAUGAAAAAAGCCACUGGCUCACCAGGCCCUUCCCCUGCAACAUCUGUGGUAAAAUGUUCACCCAGAGGGGCACCAUGACACGCCACAUGCGAAGCCACCUCGGCCUUAAGCCGUUCGCAUGCGAAGAGUGCGGCAUGCGCUUCACGCGUCAGUACCGUCUGACGGAGCACAUGCGUGUCCACUCCGGGGAGAAGCCCUAUGAAUGCCAGCUAUGUGGGGGGAAGUUUACUCAGCAGCGCAACCUCAUCAGUCACCUGAGAAUGCACACCUCACCCUCUUAGACAUGCAUCAAGCCAAAGAACUCUGGGAUUUAAAUUUAAAACAAAAAAAAAGAAAUUUCUCUACAUUUUUUCCAUCUCAAAAGCAAAGAAAUGCACACGUACACAUUCACAUGCAGACACAUGGUAAUUCCAGUUCACGAUGCCCUGGCUAAGUGAAUGAUGUAGCUGUUAGCCACAGUGGGCUCUUGGCGGCGGUGGGAUCUUCUUGAUGCAAGGAUCGCGUCAUCGUUGAUAUCGGGUGACGUGUGCUCACCUCUCAGGAGUUCUCGAGGGACAAUUGACUCCUGUCUCUCUCCAAAGUCACAAAGCCAUGGUGGAGUGGCACACGACUUCUCGUCUGCGUUGCAAGUCGGUGAAAUGUGAAUGUGGGUCUUGAACGUCAAACCCCCUCACCUCAUACCCCUCUGCACCCUUCCUCUCAUUUUGAGCUUUGAGUCGUGUUGAGAUUGUCCCUCAACUUAACUCACGAGUUCUAUCUGUACUCCAUUGCUAUUUUGACCAAAAACCCAUGUAAACAAUACUGGCAAUAAUUCAGCAAAAAGAUUUAUUUUUACCCUGACAGCUUUAUAUCCAUUGUUAUGUUGGUGAUGGGGAGCUGUCUGUAGGAUGAGAGGUAACUGGGUUUGGGACCAUCUCCCUGCUUUAACAGAAAACCCUGGAAAGAAGCUUCAGGGUGGGAUGACGUUAGACUAAGUUUUAGUUUUUACAUACAGCAAACACUCAUAGUCCUCUGGGUGGCUAGUAACAGUUAUAUAUAUAUAUAUAUAUAUAUAUAUAUAUAUAUAUAUAUAUAUAUAUAUAUAUAUAUAUAUAUAUAUAUAUAUAUAUAUAAAAAGGAUUUUGAUUCGUUUCGGUUUUUGCCUGCUAGUGCUCCAGGGAUGAGUCCUGGUUGGAAAGAUGAACACUUCGAGGUACUCAUUUUAAAGGACUCGUAACGUUUUCGGUGAAUGUUUAAACUGGAAGGUCUGGGGAUUUUUCUCGUGGAGGGGAGGGAUGUGGGCUGGGGAGGGGUUCAAUGGGGCUACGGAGAGGGUGUUUUAGCCUGAACACUUUGUUCAGUGGGUACAUUUAUUUUUUUGUCUGUAUAGCUUUCCUCCCCUCAGAAAGAAAAGAGUCUAUUUAUAGGCUUUUGUGACCUCGCUACCUCUGAUUACUCUUACAAACUCUAUGUUGAUUAGUUAAAGUUCCUAUGUAAUUAAUUGUAAAAAGUGUGUAGAUUAUGGUCUAUCUUUUCACCUGAUGCUUUAACCUGCCCAUCUCUCAACACAGGUUUUUAAUGCUCAUAGAUUUUUUACAUUUAAUAUUGUUUUUAGCUGUUGUUUACCUGUCAAAUAUAGCUUUUGGGAGCCCGCUCAGUGUGGCCCCACCUCAAAACGUACUGUAGCUUCCUGCCUGGAGCAAGUAGUGGUUAGUUAGUUUAGAUGUAUAGUGUUCCAAAGAUCUUAUGAAUGUUGAGGAGAACAGAGCUAACUAACAAACAUUGCUAGACAAGUUCAUAACCAAAGUUUUAAAGAGAUGUACUUAAGAUAUAUAGCAUACUAAAUUAUUUCAAUAUUGAUUUCUUUUUGGUGUAUAAAACAAAUUAAGAAUUAUAUUCUAAGUCCACAUAAAGAAAUCAAUUCCCUUUGACAGAGUUUUGGCCGAUGACUCUUGAGACAGACAAAGGUUCUUGUGGCUCGCAAGGAAACUUGUGCUGAUUGGUGGGCCGGUCUGAUGAAAACUUCACCUCCUAACAAAACCUGGUGAAGUUUUAAAAACAUGUUUCUGAACAUGUUUUUUCCCCUCUUUCUUUUAGUUUGUAUCCAGAGUCGUAUCACUUUAUAUUCCCUGACUUUAAAAACAGGACUUGGUGACAUUGUAUGUCUUCUGUUCAGACCAAAAAAAAAAAUGACGGAAAAAGGAAAAAAAAGACUAUAAUCAGAAUUUUAAUGUGAAGUUACAGUUGCUUGUUAGGUUUUUUUGGGGGGGUUGUGAGCCAGACUUGUGAAAACUUGUAAUAAGAAGGGAGAAUCCGGUGCACUGGACAGUUAAACAGCACAUUUGUCUGUAUUUCAUUACACAUCACCAUGAUUUUAAGUUAUUUUAUACCUUUUUUAAGGUUUUACCUCAUAAGCAACCGUAUGUUGGGAAUGACCCCUCUGAUGUCUAUAGGUUUCACUGAAACCUGUCCAGUGUAUCAAGUCUUAACAGUUUGAACCUUCACUACAAGUUUUUGGGAUAGGCAUUCCUCUAUUAUGUUGGUUUAACUGUCUUCUUGACCAUUUUAUUCCUCUUUUGUCCUCAUAUUAUGGUCUGUGAAAUGUUUUUAUAGGGAUACAGCUACACAACCAUCACUACUGUUUUAAGGUACUAGCGACCUGGACUUGUUGCUUGUUUAUGUUGUUGUCUUGCUGGUAAGCAGUUGCUGUUUAGUGAUUGCAUGGUACAUUAUGAGUUCUUCAACACUCCCCAAGCCCCCGCCACCGUAAACAUGUUAUUGAUCGCCUGAUUCAUUGUUGCUUGUGACCUCUUCCAGCUUAAGAGGGAGUCCACAAUGCAUUGCCUUCAAACCUUCUCAUACUUGUCAGCACUUACUGCAGUACAGCGUAAUGUCUGUCGUGCAAAAAGUGUUUUUGUACAACUCGAUCUCGAGCCAUCUCUGCAGAAGACUUCGCAGCUGCAUUUGAAUGCUUGCUUGUUUGACAUAAAGAAAAAACUAUGAACUCCAAACUGUGACCAUACUACUACUACUACUACUACUACUACUAUUACUACUACUAUUACUACUAGUACUACUACUACUACUACUAUUCAAAUACUUCAGGGAUUGCUCUGCAUCUGUGAAUGCAGACUCUCAGCUACAUUUGUAAGACAUAGUAUUGUAUCGAUCGUUUGUUCUGUAUUUUAAUCAUGGGAAAAGCAAAACACUAGUUUCAUAUUGAUGACAAACAGGGGGGUACUUUUUCAACUAACACAAAGAGCCUUGACAAAGGCGAGGCAGCUCGAAGCAAGUCUACACUUUAGCUAGUAACAGUAUGUUCAGAAAUAGUUGCAAAGUUGUACAAAGAAACUAAGAAGAAGAAAAAAAAAGCUCAUACCCAAAUCCACAAACUAUUUUUUAAACCAAAGCACAUUUGAAUGAUUAUGGAACCUUGUGUGGCUCUAAAAAGAAACGUAUGUAUUUAUCUCAUUGUUUACAUAAACUUUUACAGUUUUACAGACCUCAGUCGAGGCUCGGCCAGCCAGCGAGGCGCUUGUGUUGUGUGUGUGUGCGUGCGUGUGUGUGUGGUUUUUUUUCACAAAGGUUGCUGCCAAAACAAAAGCAUAGCGUCAAACACGAGACGGACUGCUGCAUAUUGAAUGAAGGGGAGGAGGCUGAGGGCCGCCGCCGCCCCCUGCCCCUCUGCCAGCUGGCUUCGGGGUGACCCUGCGCCCCAAUCCUCUUGCCCUCUGGCCUGUCUUCAGAUGGGGCAGCAGCGAUGGGGGUGCGCAGCCAGUCCUUGACAUAUUAAUCAAAAGGCAUUGUUAGCCAGGGUCUUUAGCUCAGUCUUGUGUGUCUGUUUACCCACACGCACUUGAGGUCCACCUCUGCUGCUUGGGUCUCUUUAACACGUAGGAGUGGGCGGGUGAUGCUUGAAUGCGUUGGCUUGUUUCCGUAACGUGGUACAUCCUGUAUGCUGGCUGUUCCUCAAACCAUAUCUGGAGAAUGUAGCUUUGAUAUCUUUUUUUUUCCACUGCAUGUAAACGGGCAAAACUUGUAGUCUUAACUGUGAAUGUUGUUGUUUUUUCUUGUGGUGUGUGUUGGAUAUUUCUUUUUAAGCUGCCUGUGUUCUGAGGGGGACAGCAGCACAAACCUCUGGCUGGCCGGGCCUCCUACAAAGUUGGUGCAAACACUUAUUGACAGUGUUCUCUCUUUCAUUUUCCUUUUUUUUUUAUCAAAUGUCUAUUGUCAGUGAUGAAUGUAUUUAUUUCCGGUCCUGCCCUCACCCCUGCAAAGAAUUAUCUCAGUGUGUGAGACUGAGGUGGAGGCAGGACCCCCUUUUUUUUAAGUUUUGUUUUAAGGAUUUCAAGCUGAGAAUCAAAAAUGAUACACAAAACAUAGCCAUUAACCACAAUCUGUGAAGUAACCUUUGUGGGAGAACUGAUUUUAUUUUUCCCCAAGUAAAAUAAAAUGGUCUAUGGCGUUUUUAAUAUCUUCUUUCUCAGUUAGACCUGACAGUCUGUAGGGUUUUAUUUCAUGUUUCACUAUGGGUGUGUUGUUUCUUUUCUUAUGCCCAUAUGUUCUUGAGAUCUCACUGAAUGACUGCACAGUAGGGGAGUUGAACUUUGACCCCCGCGUGUCUGCGGACACGGGCAGGACGCUGACCUGUCUGUGCAGAAUGGAGGCUACUGUAACUGCUCAACCUUGCUCUUCCUGGGUGUUGCCAAGUGCUGGAAAAAAAGUCACCGAUCCCCUGACUGUUGUUACGUCAUUUUAAAACACCCAACACUUCCUCAUCUUCUGCGUUGCAUUUGUUUCCAGUGUCUGUUAGUUCAGAGGAACUUAGAAACUGUGGGUAAGAUAGCUUUACUAAGUGCACUUUCUAUGUUUUUCAAAGCUUCUGAGAAGACUCGGACGCUGUCGCAUCACUUCUCAUUUAACCGGUUUGCCCUUCGUCGUCCUUUUUUUACCUCAUAGCUGUGGUCGUGCGUUUGUCAAAAAGAACCUGUCAUCGUAUCAUUAUGCAGUGUUACAAAAGCUUUAAAUCUCACCCGUGAGACUGUGCUUGGGUCUCUGCGUUUCGAUUCUUGCGACUGUUGCGAAUUUUGUCUCCAGGCGUUCUUCUAGUAGAGGGGCUGGUCUGUCUGGUUAUUUAUGGAGAUGCUCCUUUUUACCUCGACAGACUAAACCAAAGCCAGUUUUGAAAUGGACUCCGUGCCAUUAAAACCUACCUAAGCUUUAUCGUCCCUUGCUUUAGCUCCAAGACUCCCAAUAAUAUCUGUUACUGUCUAGACAGCUGCCUCCUCCACGCUGUGGUUUAUUUACUGUACCUACAGCGUCUUUGUGCAGUAGUGACUAAAACAGCAAACACCAAAUUACCUCAACGUUCAGUGUUUACAGACUUGUGCUAUCUCGCCAUUCUAUCGUCUCACCAUUUAUACUCUUGCCGUCCAUGUGUAACCAAAAUAUCCUUUUUUUUUUAAUGGUGUUUGUUGCAGCAUCUUUUUUAUACAUUACUGUUAAUUAGGGUUAUUCAUUGAUAGAGGCACAGUUUCACCUCGAUGUGCACUACAUGAGCUGCUAAUAAAUAUUACUUGAAGAGGUGAUUUAUGGAGCUGCCCAUGACGUGGGGGUAUCAAGCUUCCUUUCUUGUCCCAUCUUCCUUCAGGAACAGCCCCUCAAUAAUAUAUCGGCAUUCGUGGGCUGAGAGGCUCUGGAAUGGACAUGUAGGGUCUUUGCUGGUGAAUAAUUAAAGGCAAACCCUCCCCGUUUGACGCGCUUGACGUGCGCACGGUGUUCACGCUCACGUCCGCGGGCUUCUAGGCUUUAAACGCGAUCUCACCCACACACCGGUACUCCAGCACCGCCGCCCCUCUCUCUCUGCGGCUUUUGGCAGCACCCAGGCUGGGCUCGUUUUCUCUCCACUCCUCAGAGAGCUCGUAUUCAGGUCAGAGCCACCGAUGGGGCUCGCAAACUCAAAGUGUCAUAAAAGUGUAAUACAGCUGACCUCAGCACUCACAACCUUGCAGUCUUAAUGUACAGCAGUGAGGAAAAAGAAACUGUUAUUUUAUGAUCUUUUCAUUAAAAGCUUGAUUUAAAACCAA